UCAAAGUUCACCACCUUUUAGAAACACGUGGGAAAGCAAAGAGCCGGAUUGAGCUGAGCUCUGGCUCCACCCAGCGGCCACACGCCUCACCGCAGCCUAUUCUUUCUCUAUGGCGUCCUUUUACAACCAAUUUUUUUUUCAUGACGGGGAUUUCCUGAGGAAGUCAGACCAGGGGGCUUUCCAGUUUCUAGACUUGAUAUCAACAGCACCCUGCCACAGUGGUUGCUUCUCUACCUUUUCGUGUACCUCAACCGAGUCGUUUUUGGAACAUUCCGAUGUCAAAAUGACCCGAUUUGAUCCUACGGCCGUUGUAGCCUGUUUGAGAAGCGAGGACGGAGCCGUAGCCGCGUAAAUUUGGACGUUGUUGUCUCGGUGUGUCUGUCAUAUGAGUGGACCAUCCGUGGCUCCUUUCGUGAAAUUCUUCAGAGAAACACGGUUGGAUCAUCGGACGACAUCGUUGACCAAUUGAUUCAUGUCAUGUCCGCAGGGCGUAAUGUGGAACAGCAGAUUGCCCUGCAGCAGCGUCCUCCAUCUCUUGCCAUGCCCUCCAUGGCCCAGCGGUCCAGGCAUGAGCCGGGUUUCUUGCCCGUGCAUGGCGGCUUCAGGGACCGCUUUGUCACGACACCUGAGGCCAAGUAUUGCUGCGAGUCUUGCAGGCUAGUGCUCUGUAACCCUCGGCAAACUGAGUGUGGACAUCGCUUCUGCGAGAGCUGCAUCACAGACUUGCUCAGUAAGCCUAACCCAGUUUGUCCAGCUGAUGUAGAACCACUUUUUGAAGAUAAGAUAUUCCGGGAUGUUUGCUGCAAUAGGGAAAUUAUGGCUCUGAAGGUCUACUGCCGAAGUGAGAAAAAUGGAUGUAAAGAACAAAUGAGUUUACAGCAGGUCAUGGACCAUUUGGAAGUUUGUCCGUACUUCGAGGUGCCGUGCCCCUUGGGAAAGUGUAAGGAGAAGAUGAUAAGGAAAGACAUGUCUGAGCACUUGAGCCGCAAAUGCAAACACAGAGAGAUAACCUGUGAAUUCUGCAAUCACAAGAUGGCCCUCACUGAGUUACAGAAACACAAAGAUACAGUCUGUCCUGCAUUUCCUAUAGCAUGCCCUAAUCAGUGCUCGUUUUCUUCCAUUCUAAGAAGUGAGCUAUCCAUUCAUCAGCAUGACUGUCCAAAGGCCCAGGUGGCCUGCUCCUUUAUUCGCUACGGAUGCUCCUUUAAGGGGCUGAAUCAAGAGAUGAGGGAACAUGAGUCCAGUUUUGCGUCUGAGCACCUGAGAAUGAUGGUGGUCAGAAACACCACACUAGAGGCCAAGGUAGAGGAUGUUAAGAGCGAGCUGAUGGAGCGUUAUAAAGUUCUGCCCAGCCUCAGCAGUCGUCUUGCAGAGGUUGAGACUCAGAAUGAGGAGAUGAGAGAAAAGAUCAGGCAGCUGGAGCAGAAGGUUGUCAGCGUGCAGAUGUUGAUGAGCACUCACUCAGAGAAACUGCUUGAGGUUGAAAUGGAGCUGCGGGAGCUUCGUCCUCUGCGAGCUAUGAGGGAGGAGGUGGAGGCUCUGAGAGCGUCCGUGGAGAGCAUGCGUUCAGUUGUAGCUUCUCUCGAUUCGGGUCGUGUUGGUUCCAGUCCUGGUUCUCACACCCUGGGCUCCUUAGAGCAGCAGCUCUCACAUCACGAUGAUACGAUGAGUGUCCAUGACAUCCGCCUGGCAGAAAUGGACCUGAAGCUGCAGGUGUUGGAGACGGCCAGCUUCAACGGUACACUCAUUUGGAAGAUCCGUGACUACAAAAGACGGAAACAAGAAGCCGUGGCCUCCAAAGCCCUCUCGCUCUACAGCCAGCCCUUCUACACGGGCUAUUUCGGCUACAAGAUGUGUGCCCGCAUCUAUCUCAAUGGGGACGGAAUGGGUAAAGGCACACAUCUCUCGCUCUUUUUCGUGGUCAUGCGCGGGGAAUAUGAUGCCUUGCUGCCAUGGCCGUUCAAACAGAAAGUAACAUUAAUGUUAAUGGACCAGGGGCCAGCACGGAAACACUUAGGUGAUGCCUUCAAACCAGACCCCAAUAGCAGUAGCUUUCGCCGGCCCAAUGUUGAAAUGAACAUCGCCUCGGGCUGUCCACUCUUUGUGGCUCAGACUGUCCUGGAGAACGGAACCUACAUCAAAGACGACACCAUCUUCAUCAAGGUGACUGUAGACACCUCUGACCUCCCGGACCCUUGAAUUCAGCUUCACUGGGUCCAGAUAAUAUCAAGUCAUGUAGCCCUCUCAGUCAAGACUUCGAAGAGCAGGGCUGAGAGAGGCAGAACUCAGGACAAGUUUGGGUUUAUAACAGUCCGAGCCGUCAGCUUGUGCUCGUGAGAUGGUGCGCUCUUCGGGAAACAACAGUGCCUUGCUAGGCUAGAUAGUUUCGGCCUUUUGCAGGAGGUUUGAGCAGAUGAAAUCUCCCAUGUCACUACAUCUAAGAUGCAGUGAAGAGUAAUACGUCAACUCUAAUCAACCAAGAGAAUGUGAAUGUCUCUGGAUCUACAGGACGAGGUGAAAUUGAAGUGAAUAAUGCCUCGAUGAUGUGUUGGUUGACUAACAUCCAGCCCAAAGUAAAAGAAAGCUGUUUACACUCAUCAUCAUGUUAGCCUUUGAGUAUGAAUGCAUUUGAGGCUAAUGGUCAUCUCUCAUACUGGUUGUCCUUCAUGUUUGGUAAUCAUGACAAGCUUUGUAUUGGUGUUUUUUUUUGGUGGUUUUGUACAAUAUGCAAAUAUUGAACUGACAUCUGUUGUGUUGUAGUGGUUUGUUGAUGGACAGUUGAUGUGGAGUGGAAUUUUGUGAUUAGAAAGUCUUGUUUGUGCGGGCAGAGGUGGACGUGUUUCUGUGUAGUCGUUAUAAAGGACCUGACUAUAGAGCAUUCAUGAAGGACUAUAUUGGCACUAAACAGUGACCCUGCAAGGGUUCCAUUGUCAAAAAAGCAAAACCUCAGUUUUUAUGCAUGUAAAACCUAUUCUUACAUGACUUAACCUUCUCUGCGUUUACCACUUUGACACAUUAUUUUUUGUAAUGUUCUAAUUAAUAGAUGCUAUGCAUCAGAAUCUAUUGUCCUUUUGUGUUUUGUAUUUUAUUUUUUAAAACAGUCUAAAGUAAUGCCUUUAUGCCUCCAGCCAUGCUGCUAGAGACACAUAACAAUAAUCCAGAUCAUUUUUCAUGGUAGGGAUGGUUUUUGCACAAGUAUUGUUUGAAUGUGUAAUAUAUGUAUAAAUAUAUCAAUAUAAAAUUGUUGGAAAACA